AUGGCGUCAAAUGCAGGUCGUCAAUCUUCCAGUGGCUCUGGCACACCAGCGCUCUCUGGCUCGACUGCGGGCCACCGACUUCCCUCGAAGGAGGUAUUCUUUGCUUCCGAAUGGUACUUUCUUUCCGCUGGUAGAAUUGACCUAUGCGCGCGGUACAAGAAGCUCCUCCACGAGCAUCUUAACAUUGUAAGUGCAAUUCUCCCUCCCCCUGGUUUUUUCACCUCUUGCGCACUGUAUCCACGCUUUGGAUCGAUGCUCUCUGCUAUCGGUGGGGACUGUGGCAGUGCCUGAAUGCCUGCUAACUAUUUGUCAGCCUGAGCAGCAAGUUCUUAAGUGCAAGUGGAAUGAUAAUACGCACUGCUUUGAGAUCACUUGUCAUCUCGAGAUCGCUGACAUUGCCCGGCGCCUCUUCGUGCAAGCUAUGGAUGGUAUCAUUGUAGAGGAGCUUGCCAAGAAUGGCAUCAAUGAGCGUCAAAAGCGCAGAGGUGGUGCUAAUGACAGCGACUCCGAAUGCUCUUCGGAUGAGGAUGAUGACUCCGAUGUUACUUCUGAUUUCGAUGCCAACUAUAAUGGUGACAUCAUCUAUGAAGCACUUCCUGUAAGUUAUCCCUAAUCUUAUUUAGCAGAACUUUCCUGACAGCUGUACAGAUUCGUGGUGACAAAAUUGUACGUCUUGCUGUUCUCAAGCAAGAGCGCGCUUUAGGAAGUGGUGGCUCCGACCCCAAUUCAGGCUAUCCAGAAGUGAUUGCUUCUGCCAAGCAAAAGUUUGUAUGGUACAACAAAAAUUCGGCUGACUUGGAAUACAUUCUACCUCCCCAUGUUGUUGACCAACUCAUCAAAUUGACUGGAUGCAAAGUCUUCGUUGAUUUUGAUACUUCAAAGGUCUACCUUGGUGGCGUUGACGAAGAGCAGAUUCACCGGGCAGUCUCUAAAUUAGACAAUAUCAGAAAAUACUCGGUUAGUUCCACUGAAUUCACUUUGCUUGACUUUCUCUCUAAUGCAGUCGUAGCAACCACAACUUUCUCCAAUCUACCAUGCCUUCUAUACUGAGUCGACAGAUGAUUUUGAGCUUUCUCUCAAAUAUCUGAACGAUGUCAAGAUCGACAAGAAGAGAAUGUUUAACACUACACUUCUAGAUCCCUUGAACCCUCGAGUGGGAGAUAUUUACACAGCAGUCACGGUUCGCUGUGCUACCCUGGACCUCGGCAAGGAUACUUAUGUAGCCGUUUCCAGAGUGCAUGCUACUGGCAUCGACCCGAUCGUUGGACAUGUGCGGGAGCAAUGGGCCAAUUUCUUAUACAACCCGACGGGAGCACUGGACCCCAUGCGGCAUGUUAACGGUAAACCUGUGGCAAUGCCCAGUCCAUCCAAUCCCUCUAUUGCGACAAGAAUUAACUCACAGAGCCAAGUAUCCCCCGAUAUUCUCAAUGUCACUAACGAUGCUCAAUUGCCCGUCGAGGAAAAGAUCGGAAAUUGGCGAGCAAACUUGGAAGGACCUAACGUCUCUCGAAAUGAUUUACUUGUCGAUAACUCUAGUAUGUAUUUCAACUUUCCCGUACUUUCUGCGUAUUGCCCAGGACUAACUAUUAUUAGCUGUACCUGUGCCUAACCCUUCCUGGGACCGUUGCGAAGGAUCCGAGGAGCCACAUUAUGGCAAUCUAGUAACACCCAAUUCCCAGAAUCUUAGCAGACACGCUUCUGUCCGAACCACGCAUAUGCAAAGCCUCCCGCGCAUGUCACUCAAGCCUUCAGCUGUCACGGUGAGUAACAUGUGUACGAGAGAUUACCCCGAACUGACAGUGUUUUAGUCCCAUACAAGUAUUACCAAUCAGCCCCCACAGGCUUCCAUGACAAUGGCUCAACAUUUGGCGGUCUCGAACGGAGGGCCAGUCAAUCCCGAGGACUUUCCUAGCCUGCCUGAACCCGCUUCUCAAGCCAAAGGCCGUUCUGGGGCUCCUAAUGGUGGCGUCAUUUCCAUCAAGGCUAACGGAAAAGUUUCCACCCCAGCUUCAAGCCGUCCGAAGCCUGUCACAACAAUUAAGAGCGGCAAUAUCAAGUCAGAGGUUAGUCCCACGAAGCAAGUAAACGGAACUGCAACGAGAGCCGCAGAAACAAACAAAACAUUUGUGGUAAACAAUGAUGCCAGUCCAACUGCAUCAGAGAGACAAGUGAUUGGUGGAAACAUUAUGGUCAUUGGCGGAACCGUGGUGCCAGAGCAUCGUAGCCAUAUGCCUCAGUCUAUUAUGGACCAGGACAUUGAUGAAUUGCCGAGUUUGCCGUCUGUUCUCCGGCCCACAUUCCACAAUACGCAAUCUCAACCCAAUGGGAUCCAAGCCCCUGUCCAAAGCCCUAACAAUGUAGCAUCAAAUAGAAGCGAAGUCACAGUGCAGGAAGCCGACCAGUCGUUGCUUGAGAUUGUUCAAAGAGAGCCAGAGGAACUAAGUAGAGAUUACUACUUGACAAUGAACCAGAAGGCUCCAAACAGACGAGCAGCUGGCAAUCAGAGUAAGAAGAAUGUCCCGUUCGCUGGUCGGCUUGAAGUUCCCGACUUUAUUGCUCCUAUUCGUCCAAGAUCUCAUGUUGCUCGUCCCAUUGCAAGCAAUCCAGAUCCAGAUCCGCUUCCUCGAUUUGCCUCAGAAGUCAAUAAUUACUUUCCACUGCUUCUUGCCGACGUCCGAGGAUUCAACGGUAGGGUUCAUAUCCGUCUUGAAUUUGGCCGCAUCAUGAUCAACAAUGUUAAGCAGUCUCACAUUGCCGAUAGAGACGGUUCCAGUGGUACUUUGACCGAGAGAAAUUUGCAAAACAUUCUUAAUACUUCUCAAUACAGAAAUAGCGUCCCCACAAAUACUUCAUUUACUAACGCCCUUACCACGGCCCCCGAAGAAGUCGACUUUCUUCUGACGACCAAGUCGAAGGAAAGCUUGAUUUGGAACGGCAAGUGUGAUAGCUGGGGCGUUAUGUACAGACUCGUCUUUCAUGAUGUUGAGUUGCAAUCCCGAUUCUCUGUUGAGAUUGACGGCGAGAGAUUCAAGGCGAAGAUCAGAACCCAGCCCCAGCGUGAUUUUGGUGAGAUCUACAUCCAUGGUACCAAGCGGCAUUGGGAUUGCCGAAUCUCCGUUACAGGAGACGAUGGCGAUACCAAUCCCUUAUACAAGGAUAGAUACAGUGCCUUGGUAAAGAAGAUUCUUGAUACAUUGUACAUCGUGUAAGUGACGACCCAUCCACUGCAAUAAUUGCAAAACAACUAACCAGUCUGUCAGUUCUGGAAAGGAGGCGGAGGUCAGAUUUGAGAUCGAUCCUGUUACUUCCAAGCAAUUCCAACUUGUCUCGAUCCAAGUUUUCAGAAACACAAUGUAUCAAAGCAAUGACGGUCGUUCUGUGCUGAAGAUUCAAGAGAUUAUUAAGAUGCCACCACCGGGUAGGGCUACAAUCGACGAUCAUGUUGUGUUUAUCGCAAACGAACAAAGCAACCAAUCUACUUCUGAUCUCAAGAAAUGGUUUGUUGUUUCCAUUGAGAGCAACGAAGCUAAUCAACUCGUCAAACAAAACGAGAGCAUGGAGUUGGGGGAAGAGGCCGGCUGGACACCUGAGACAAUGGCAAGCGCUGGAGUUGCGAAGGACCUGUACCUGCCUGCUUGUGCCAUGUUGACUAGCAUGUGUGGAGUUGGGAUCAAUAACGGAAAUGGUCUUGUUGCUCGUAAGAAUCCACGAACAGUAGCUCCUCCAGGAGAAGCGACAAAGGCGGUGAGUUGUAAUCUCUCUUGUAUAAUUUGUUCUCAUAUGAUCUUGUGAGCUAACUUGAUGGUUUCAAUUAGACGUGGUGGUAAAAAGCAAGAAGUUCUGGAUUCAACACCCACCGCAAGAAAACGCACAUUUCCCUCUCUUUGCGACUGAUAACUUUCGCAUUGAGCCAGGAAGAAUUUGAUAUACAUGUUUCAAUCGGUUUGCAUUGGUCGAUAUUCGCAUCAUUCCACCACUCUAGCCGGAAUACAACACUCUUUUGUUAACGAUUCCAAGAUUCGUGGGUGUUUUCACUGCGAAAAGUCCUUGCUUUAUUGAUCGACUACAUGGAGAAUGGAUAUGCUAGCAUGGUAUUUGUAGAUUAUUGAUGUGAGCGCUUGGUUUUGCAUUUACCGACCGACGCCUUCGUCUGCAACCUGGAAAGGAUUUGAUGCAGAUGGUCUCUGUUGGGAAUGUCAACCGCUCUGCUUCCAAUGGGUCUUGCUUUUAGUUUUGCUUUUAGUACUUGAUUGAAUGGAUCAUGGUAGCUA